AUGACUCGUGGUCCCUACAUUGUUCCGGCGCUCAAGAAGCACACCGCCACCGUCAUCAUGGCCCACGGUUUGGGAGAUAGGAUGUCCCUUGCCCAGACAUGGCGCCGCCGCGGCAAGUUCGAUGAGGUGGCCUUCAUCUUCCCCAAUGCGCCCGACAUCCCAAUCACAGUUAACUAUGGCAGGUCCAUGCCUGGAUGGUACGACAUCUCCAAACUUGGCGGUGAUUUGGACUUCGAAGAAUUCCUUCUCAGCCAGGACGAAGCUGGAAUUAUCCGCUCCCGCGAUUACUUCAAUACCCUCAUCGAGCAAGAGAUGCAAAAGCAGAUCAAGGCUUCGCGUAUCAUCCUGGGUGGGUUCUCCCAGGGCGGUGCGAUGUCCGUGUUCGCCGGUGUGACUAGCAAGGAAAAGCUUGGCGGUGUCUUUGGCCUGUCGUGCUACAUGCUAUUGAGCGACCGGAUUAAGAACUACCUGCCCGAAGAGUGGGCGAACAAGAAGACGCCGUUCUUCCUUGGCCACGGUCUCGACGAUAAUGUUGUUCCAUUCGCCUCUGGAAAGACAUCGGCGGUUAAGCUCAAGGAACUUGGCCUAGAGAAUGUUUCCUUCAACCAAUAUGAAGACCUUGGUCACUCGGCGACCCCCGAGGAAAUUGAUGAUCUAGAGAAGUUCAUUGAGAAGGCCCUCGCUGAAGGAGAGGGUAAUGCUUCUGCUGGCCUAUGA